GAUGUGUUAAAGCUAAAAUUGCCGGAUUAUCUAGCACAAAAUCUAGACCUACUAUUUGUAGGUAUCAAUCCUGGUGUUUGGUCCGCAGCCUACGGACACCACUAUGGCAAUCCUAGGAAUCAUUUUUGGCCCUGCCUUUCUGAAUCUGGACUAAUCAACCAAAAGCUGACUUGCGAUAAUGAUGCUGAUUGCCUCCAAUUUGGCAUUGGAUUUACUAAUAUAGUUGACAGAACGACACCUAGCUACGCUGACUUAUCCCGAACAGAAAUUAAAGAUGGAAUCGAUGGUUUAUUAAACAAGAUUAUAGCAUUUAAACCCCGAAUUGUAUGUUUUAAUGGUAAAGGUAUUUAUGAAAUCUUUUCCGGAUCGAAAUGCAACUACGGAUUGCAACCAGAUAAUGUAACGGUCUUGGGAAAGACACUAACUUGCAACAUUUAUGUCAUGCCAUCAACUUCACCACGAACAGCUUCAUUUCCAACAGCAAAGGAUAAAAUUAAAUUUUUUCAAGAGUUGAAAGACUUGCGUGACAACUGUAAAUAA